UAUUUGACACGUGUUUUGGGUGAUGGAGUCGGCUAUUCGGCACUGGUUGAGGACCAUGUUACCCCAAAAAGCCCACCGCUUCAGCAGAAACCCAACGAACUUUUGAUGCAGGCGCCCUUUGGAGAUGCAGUCUGCAUGCAGCAAUGUCUCUCUUUCGUCCUCUUGCUCAAUUCCCUUAUCUUGCUCAGAUUCCCGGUAGAAUUCCCAGCAGUAACCUCUUUUCCAAAAGCCGACAGCUAGAUCCAAUGCUCGUGAGACCAAGACACCCAACAUGUCGAGUCAGGAUAUCUCGGAGUACGAGAAAGACGUCAUAGAGAGCCGUCCCGACGGUGAAAAGAACUUCGAGCAGACUUUGUUCCCGGAACUUAAACAGGUCACCAGCAAUGCCCUGAGCAGGAUCACCUCACGCCUCAGCACUCGAGAUAUCGUCGACCCUGGGCCACCUCCCGAUGGAGGCCUCAAAGCAUGGAUCCAAGUCGCCAUGGGGUGGAUUGUUUGCUUUUGUACCUGGGGUUAUAUCAAUUCGUUUGGCGUCUUUCAGACCUAUUAUACCGAGACGUUGGGUGAAUCCCAGUCAACCAUCUCCUGGGUGGGCUCGGUUCAGCUGUGGAUCGUCUUCUUCGUGAGCGCCUUCUCCGGUCGGGCGCUGGACGCUGGGUUGUUCGUUCCCACCUUGCUUAUCGGAUCGAUCAUCCAAAUCGUCGGCAUUUUCAUGACCAGCCUGUGCAAGACCUUCUGGCAGCUUUUGCUUGCUCAAGGCCUCUGCACGGGCCUGGGGAGCGGGAUAUUCUUCUGCCCGACCCUAGGACUUGUGACGACAUAUUUCAGGAGGAAUCGAGGGGUUGCUGUCGCCAUUGUGUCGACCGGGAACUCGGUGGGCGGCGCCAUAUAUCCCGUGAUUGUGCGCCAGCUCCUCCCAAAGAUUGGAUAUGCAUGGACUAUCCGCGUCCUCGGUUUCAUGAACUUGGGAUUGCUUUCGUUGGCGCUGGCAUGCAUGCGGCCGAGAUUGCCUCCUCGAAAGGCCGGCCCGAUAGUAGAAUGGAGGGCAUUCUAUGAAGUGCCGUACGUCUGUGUUCUCCUGGGCAUGUCGCUCGUCUUUGGGGGUCUGUUCUUCUCCUACUAUUACAUCGCCUCCUUCGGCCGGACGAUUUUAGACAUGAGCUAUCAAGACUCACUCACCUUGCUCAUCAUCUUCAACGGGGCCGCGGUACCCGUUCGACUUGUCACGGGUUUCAUUGCGGAUCGGUUCAUGGGUCCGCUGAAUGCCAUGGUGCCGCUCCUUUUCAUCAACGCGCUUUUUGCAUUUACCUGGAUUGCAGUGAAGUCGCAGACAGGCAUGUAUGUGUUUGCAACAUUUUAUGGUUUCUCGGCAGGAGCCUUCCAGUGUCUCUUUCCGACGACGGUGACGAGUUUGAACAACGACUUGAGUAAGAAUGGAGUGAGGAUGGGUAUGGCUUUCUCGUUGUUCAGUUUUGCAGGACUUUCUGGACCUCCGAUCGGAGGAGCGUUAUUGUCGACAAAUGGGGGAGGGCGCGGCGGAUAUCUGGUCGCACAGAUAUGCCUUGGAGUACUUACCGGAGUGGGCGCUUGUUUGAUGUAUGCCGCUCGCGUGUAUAAAGUGGGCUGGAGUUGGAAGAUCAAAUGUUAAAGCAAGGUCGACGAGGGCUGUCGAGAGAGAUUUAGGAGUCGGUCAUGGUUCCGCCGUGACCAGCAACUUCAUCAUCUCGUCUACCCCGUCGGUUCUCUUCGAGAUACCCGUGAUUAUCCGACGUCUUGGCCUUUAAGGCAAUACCAAGUCGGCUUUCUGCACGCUAGGCAAGCCCUGCACGACAUCGAAAGCUCGAAAAGGAUACCGGGGGACUGUACUGUGGAUGAUGGCAAAAUGACAGUCCGUCCCCAGGGUGACGGCUGGAGAAUGGCUUGCUGGGAUUUGCAGUUGGCGAGAAGGUGGAACAACACCACGAUCUACUCGGUUGGUACUGGACAUUGACAACCCGACUUCCUCGGAGGCACUUGGGGAGAUUUGACGCGAACAUUGCGAGCUAGGAAGAGAAGAAAAGGUAGAGGAUGGGUUUUCACGGGCGUUGAUCGAUUUUAUUUGAUGGCGGCAUCUGAGGUGAGAUGACGCGAGCCCUCAGGAGGCCCAUAUAUUCGAGGGAUCCGAGCUUGAAUCCUCCUCGUCUGUUUGAAUAGAUAGAAGCGUCAAGGAUAGAUUAUAGAGACCGGAAGGAGAGAAAGGGAAAAGAUAACGAUGGCGGCGAUAGGAGCAAUUUCAUGGUUGGAUGGUAUUGACUGCGCCCAUUGUACACCGCAG